AUGGACAUUCUCUCCCAGAUCAACCCGGCCUCCCUCUUUUCGGCCAAGGGCCUGGUCGUGGUCAUCACCGGCGGCGGAAGUGGCAUCGGCCUCGCCAUCGCCGCAGCGCUGCACCAGAACGGCGCCUCCAAGAUUUACCUCAUUGGCCGUCGCAAGAACGUCCUCGACGAUGCAGUCGCCAAGCUCGAGUCCUCGCCCUCGGCACCAAAAUCAUCCGAGUCCUCGGUCCUCUCCGCCAUCUCCGCCGACGUGACAGAUCUCGAGUCCAUCCGGAAAGCUGUCGCCCAGAUUGAGAAGGAGGUCGGCUACGUUGAUGUUCUGAUCAACAACGCUGGUGUCUUGGGCCCCAAGUCCGGGCAGCCAAUCCACGAUGCGCAGUCCAUCGAGGCGGUCCGCGACGCUAUGAUCAUGGGCAUGAACGGCAACGACUGGAGCCAGGCCUUCGAGAUCAACACAAAAGCCGUCGUCGGCGUGUCUGCGCUGUUCCUCCCACUGCUUGAGGCUGCGAACACGCGUCGGGGGUGGGCACCGGGUCGCGUGACCGGCACAGGGAAUGCCAGGCAGCGCGACACAACCAAGCUGAAGGAGGCUGGUGUAGACGACGACGACGACCGCAUGGCUCACAUCAUUACGGUCGCCUCAGUUGCCAGCUACAUGCGCUGGAUAUCCGCCGGCCUUGCAUACAAUGCAACGAAAGCUGCAACAGCACAGAUUGGCAAGAUUUUAGCGACGUUUUUGGCAGAGUGGGGGGUCAGGAGCAACAUUGUAUGCCCUGGGCCGUAUCCCAGUGAGAUGACGAGUUCGAAUCCGCCCGUGUAUGGCACGAAUCAAAUUCCGCAGGGACGCAUGGGAAACGUGAAUGAUAUGGCAGGAUUGAUUCUAUUCAUGGUGGGCAAGGCUGGAGCGUACAUGAAUGGCACAAGCCAGCUUACGGAUGGGGGCAGGACUGCGGUGUUCCCUUCCACAUACUGA